AUGCUUGACAAAAUUUUGUAUAAUACUGUGCUCUCUCAGACAUUAUCUCCUUGUGGAAAGUAUUUAGUUGCCGGUAACAUAUACGGGCAAAUUGCUGUAUUUAAUUUGGAACGAAUUCUCAAUCCUGAGCCUCUAUCUUUAGACUAUAACAAACCUAAGCACAUCCAUAACAUCGAAUCUGGUUAUCAAAUAUGUAGCUUAACGAGUACAGAUGCAGCUUUAAUAAUUGGAACUGUCAAUGAAAUAUUAGGAUAUGAUUGGAAAACAGUUACAAGUGCCAAAGUGAGUAAACCUUUGUGGCGCAUAAAAAUAUCUUCAGAGACGUCUAUGGAACAAAUAGAUGUAAAUAGUCUAUGGUUAUCUGAAGAUGAGGCUAAACUGUAUGCGGGUUGUGGUGAUAACAAUAUCUAUGUAUACAAUAUGGAUGAUGGAAGACUGUUAUCAACUUUUAAGGGACAUACAGAUUUUGUACAUUCAGUACACGGAAAAAACCAACAGCUAAUCUCAGCCAGUGAGGAUGGCUCAGUGAUACUAUGGGACACAAGAACACGCACACUUCAGAAUAAACUGACACCUCAUACUAACAGUAAAGUGAACCGGCCAGACAUUGGCAAGUGGGUUGGAUCAGCAGCUUUAAAUGAUGACUGGAUUGUAUGCGGCGGCGGUCCACGUUUGGCUCUCUGGCACCUUCGAUCUUUGGAUGCCGUCACUGUCUUCGAUAUUCCUGACCACGGGAUCCACGUUUCCUUCUUCCACGAUGAUUGCGUCAUCGCCGGAGGUGCUGCCAAGCACUUGUACCAACUGUGUUACUCUGGAGACGUAAAAGUAGAACUGCCGGUGUCCGCUACCACGGUAUACUCAGCUGUGCUGAGGACUACGCCAAAUAAAGUUCUGGCUAUUGCCGGAUCUAGUCCAGAGAUUGAUCUGUGUACUUCCUUUAAUUAUAGAGACCAGAUUUUGCAUUUUCGGUAA